AGGUGACACCUUUAUACACUGUCGGUUAUUGAAAGACUCGAUCUCACUGAACUCGUAAAAACAUUCUUCAUUUUUGAACCGGUGACCAGUAAUACAAUUUGUGUUUUGCAAGACUUGACAACAAUCAAGGCAGAAGUCGAAUAUGCCAAUAGUUGAUUGAUUGAUUGAUUAAUUGCUUGAUCACACAUCCUAUACGGUAUUGCUUAUUGGUCAUAAUGAACUCGAAAGAAGCUGCUCUUUAUUCUAAAACUAGAGGAUUUCAAGUUGCUACAUACAGACUCUAUGUGCCAGAUUUUGAAAUUAAGGCAGACGACAAAAUCCUGGACGUCGGGUGUGGAACCGGUGAUCUUGCGUAUGAGUUUGGUGACGUUGCUCAGUCAGUAAUUGGUUUUGACAUUUCAAAGGAGAUGAUCAAUUUUGCCAGACAUAGCUAUAAACGUCCAAAUGUGACCUACGAAUUGGCAGAUGUCUUAAGCUGUGUUGACAUAUUUCCAGACUGGAAAGGCGCAUUUGACAAGGUUGUAUCUAUUCACGUGUUGCACUGGGUGAAAGAUCGGAAAGGAGCAUUUCAAAGUAUCCAUGACUGCCUCAAACCUGGUGGAGAGUGCUUCCUUCUAAUUUCCGGUCCGAUGAAUCAAAUAAUGGGACAUGGUGAUGAUGAACUUCCGCAUUACUUGAAGAAUCAUGAUAAAUGGAAAGAACACCUUAAAGGUUACGAGAACAAGUUUUAUAACCGACUAACAUUAGAAGAUAACGUGAAGUUGUUGGAAUCAGUUGGCUUUGAGGUGGUAAAAGGACAUUCAUACAAACCGUGUGACGAACUUGACAUUGACAAAGAUCAGAUAAAAGAUUACCUUCAAACACUUCUUGGUCAUCUAAGCUAUCUACCAGAGCAAUACCGCGAUAAAUUUCUGGAUGAUGCUACCGAUUGGUGCAAACAAAAUUUUCCCGUCAAUCAACGAGGAAACGCAUACUUUAAAAUCGAAAUAAUUAUGCUCCAUGCCAAGAAAACCAAAAAAGAGUGACAAACUUUUGAUAUUUAUCCACUGUAACAGUGGGUUGGAAGAUUUCUUUUUAUGAAAUAUGCAUUACCUCUUUCGUUUAGGAUAACAAUGGACCUAUCUGACCAAUCAGAACAGGACCAGGAAUACGCAGAUUUUUGAGUAUAUUUUUACGCUGUCGCCUUUGUGGAACCUUAGCAACAAUAUCCAAGGGGCGGGGCUUAGUGGAAAGGUUCAGUUUGUGCUCAGAUCAGGGUUUGCCAUUUGGCUUUUUGGACGGCCAGAUUCCUCAAAUCUGGCCGUAUAAAAAUUUGCCUGGCCGUAGCGUUUGAAAAGUCACGGCCAAACUAUAUUUGGCCGAAUUUGUGAAAAGUUUACAUUUUUUUUUUUCAAUACAGGCCUAAUAUAACGUAGAAUUGUUUUGGAUAUGUUGUUUUUGUUAGCUUAAAUUCUAUAUUUGAUUCUGAUCAUGUACAUUUGUUUGUACUUGCACUAAACACUUAAUCCAUGUUCCCCCUUUGGCCGAUUUGAUGUAAGAAAGUUUAUUUAAAAGAUAACAGUUACAUUUAAUAAUUUAAAUUGUUAGGAUGAAAUAUAUAGUUUUUAUGAAGUUUAUGCUCGUUUUAUGAAGACAGCUCAAUGCAAGUUGUACCAUAUAUUGUGUGUCUUUGUAUUAGGUUCCAUCCUAGUGGAGGUUCUAUCUCUUUUGAAUAAAAAAAUUAAAUUAAUUAAAUACUGUACUUUAAUUAAUUUACUGUUGCCCACUUGAAUUGUAUAGGCAUAGGUGCUGCAGUGUUCAUGUAGAGCGCCAUAUAAAUGCUUGAUGUGAUUAUUCGGGUCCGAUGGCACCUCCAAUUUAAAGCAAGUGUUGCAGAGUCGGAUUUCUUCGAAGUUACUCUGAAGUUGUAAUUAGAAUGAAUUAAGUUACAUAGUUAGGUAAACACAAAGGUGUUAAAACAAGCCUAUGAAAACUUUAAUAAAUACUUUUUAUCUAAACUUUCUAAAUUCGCCUCUGAAUGUUAUUGUCGCAGUACUUAAAUCAAUAAAUCAAUGUUGCUAUCAGAAUUAUUUUGUUCAUGAUUCUCAUCGCAGUACUUAAAGCAAUAAAUCAAUGUUGCUAUCAGAAUUAUCUUCUUCAUGAUUCUCAUUGAUUCUCUUAAUUCAUUAUAAUAAAAGGGAGCCACGGAUUUGCCAAUAACAGACCCUUAACAUUUUUGCUAUAGAUCAACUACAAUGUACCUUAAUAUUUAAUACAUAUAAAUCAAAUUUAGAUCAAUCUUAAUAAUGUGAUUUUAAAUAGCAGAGGCGGGUUUUAGGGGGUGGAAAUAAAAAGAAAAAGAAAGAAAAAUUGAUCGCCCAAAACGCCUCAGAGGUUAUUUUCGGGCGUCUAGAAAACAAAAAUUUCCCCUAAGGUGGUGUUAUCUCGAUCGGCCCCACUUUCACCCCUCACCUUUUUCGGCCCGGCCUUCCCCCUUUCGGACAUCUCUGGAUUCGCCCCUGAAUUGGCCUACAUGCCAGCAACUAAAGAACAUAGGUUAUUUAACAUUACCGGUACUAUUUAUCUAGGUUUGCAUGUAUUUUAUGGUGAUAGAUUAAUUAAAAGAAGAAAAGCAGUGAAAGAUUAA